GUUUUGAUUUUGAUCGUUAUUGUUGUGGAGUAAAGAAAGACCUAGUUAGCUACUGACUGAACUAAAUAGGCUACCCAACUCCCAGUCGUCUGAAAUAUGUCUAAACUACAGUUUUCUCGUGUGUUUUUAAAUGAGCGCUUAACUACGGCUGCUGUGGAGAUUUUCGGUGCAGUUGAGAAAACGGUAGUGGAGUACCAGGAGGAGAAUGAUCGGCUACGGAGACUGCUGCGGAUCACACCAGAGAUACAACUAUGUGGAAUAGAAUCCCUGCAGUUCUCUGUCUCUGAAGAGGAGGUUCCCCCUGAGCAGCAGCACUGUGAGCAGGAGUGGAGCCCCAGUCUGGGGCAGGAGGACCCAGAGACCAAACAGAUUAAAGAGGAACAGGAGGAAGUCAGGACCAGUCAGGAGGAAGAGCAGCUUCAAGGGCUCUUUGAUACCAAAGACUCCAUAUUCACUACUUCCUGUGUGAAAAGUGAAUGUGAUCUGGAGAACCCAUGUCAAGAAGCCGUACUAGCUGAACACCCAACUCUCAGUCCACUGAAAACGUCUAAACUACAGUUGUUGAGUGUGUUGUUAAAUGAAUGUUUAACGGCAUCUGCUGCUGUGGAGAUUUUUGGUGCGAUUGAGGAAACAGUAGCAGAGUACCAGGAGGAGAAUGAUCGGCUACGGAGACUGCUGCGGAGGACACCAGAGAUACAACUAUGUAGAAUAGACUCCCUGCAGCUCUCUGUCUCUGAAGAGGAGGUUCCCCCUGAGCAGCAGCACUGUGAGCAGGAGUGGAGUCCCAGUCUGGGACAGGAGGACCCAGAGACCAAACAGAUUAAAGAGGAACAGGAGGAAGUCAGGACCAGUCAGGAGGAAGAGCAGCUUCAAGGGCUCUUUGAUACCAAAGACUCCAAUUUCACUACUUCCUGUUUGAAAAGUGAAUGUGAUCAGGAGGACCCACUUCAGUCCUUGACUCUUCCCCAAAUCCAGACUGUGGAGAACAGAGAGAGAGACUCUAAACCAGUGAAACUCACACCUUUUUUCACUGUGACCCACCUAAAGUGUCUUGACAUUCCCUGUGACCCUCCAGAUAAUCAAAACAUUGCCUGCAGCCACAGUUCAGCUGUAAGCAGUGACCCAGUAGGACUUGACAGUAGCCCACCAUUGGAUCCCAGUCCACCAUUGGAUCCCAACCGACCAAUGGGGGAACACUGUUCCAAACCCAGCCCCACAUCUAGAAAAACUAGCCACUGCCGUGACUGUGGUGAAACGUUUGCUCUGAAAGCUGACCUGCAGAGGCAUAUGACUCUCACCAAGAAGAGACUCAGUGAAUGCAGCUUCGGCAAUAAACACUACAACUCCACCUGUAAACUGAAGGCCCAUGUCCAACUCUGUCACAGUGGGAAACCCUGUAUCUGUCCAGUUUGUGGAAAGACCUUCAAAUACAAAGGAGAUCUAUCCAGGCACAGGAGGAUUCACAAAGGAGAGAAACCCUUUAUCUGUGGUGACUGUGGGAAAAGAUUCAGUCAGAAGGGGAACCUAACUGAACAUGUACUGAUUCACACAGGAGAGAAACCUUUUAGCUGUGGUGACUGUGGGAAAAGCUUCAGUCAGAGGGGACACCUUACUGUUCAUAAACUGACUCACACAGGUGAGAAACCUUUUAGCUGUGGUGACUGUGGGAAAAGUUUUAGUCAGAAGGGGAACCUAAGCAUUCAUAAACUGACACACACAGGAGAGAAACCUUUUACCUGUGGAGACUGCGGGAAAAGCUUUGGGCUCAAGCGACACCUAACCAUGCAUAAACUGACUCACACAGGAGAAAAACCAUUUAGCUGUGGAGACUGUGGAAAAAGCUUUAAUCGCAAGGAGGUCUUAACCAUGCAUAUACGGACUCACACAGGAGAGAAACCAUUUAUCUGUGGUGACUGUGGGAAAAGCUACAGGCAUAAAGGGUCCCUUAAGAUACAUAUAUUUUCUCACACUGGAGAGAAACUCUUUACCUGCGGUGACUGUGGGAAAAGCUUCAAUAAGAGGGGGAACCUAAACAUGCAUUUACGGACUCACACAGGAGAGAAACCAUUCAGCUGUGGUGACUGUGGGAAAAGCUUCAAUCAAAGGGGGAACCUAACCACGCAUAUACGGACUCACAGCAGAGAUAAUUCCUUUCGCUGUGGUGACUGUGGGGAAAACUUCGAUGAGAAGGGGCACCUAACUGAACAUAUACGGACUCACACAGGAGAGAAACCAUACAGGUGUGGUGACUGUGGGAAAAGCUUCAUUCAGAAGGCGGACCUAAGGAGGCAUAUCCUGACUCACACAGGAGAGAAACCACAUGGCUGCUCCGUCUGUGGUAAAGGAUUCACUCAUAAGUCUCAUCUGCUGAGGCAUGUGGAUAAAAUCCACAAAGGAAGAAAACAGGACUGAAAGAGGAAAGAACAUUCGGACAAAGAGAUUGUCUGUCAGGUUAGUGAAUAAAAAGGCAGGAUGUGGACAAAUCUGUUAGGAAGCAACAGCGAUGUGGCCCUCAUCAAAUAUGCAGAUGACAUGGCUCUGGUUGCUUGCCUGGAGGUCAAGUCCAUCUCCAGCUACUCCCAGUUCAUUGACUGCCUCUUGACGUGGUUUGACAGUAGGUUUCUUGACCUCAACGUCACCAAGAAUAAAAAACUGUGCCUUGGAGGAAAGAAAGCUGGGAAAUGGAAGACCUUCUCUCGAGCUUGUCACUAUGGAAGGUGUGGAGCAAGUCACACAUUUUAAAUACUUUGGGACAAUUUUAGACCACAAACUUCCAGUAAAACACUUACCUCAUCUACAAAAAGGCAAGGCCGUUUCUUUCCCUACUUAAGAUAAUAUGAUGUUUUAAUGCAAGCAAACUCACACGGAUCGUGGUACACAACUACCAGAUUGAGUCAGAUUCUUUCUCAAUUACAGUUCUGGUACCUCUCAGUGAUGUUUAAUUUUUUGUUUCUUUUUGACAUGUUUAAUGUGUUUGUGUCUGUUUUAUGUCUGUUUUCAUACUUUUAUUAUAACUCAGAGUGCACAUUUGCAUUCAGUUUCAACUUAAUGGACAAUAAAGUUUGUCUCGCCUGCUUA